AUGGCUCACGUAGAUGCGCUUAGUCGUGGACCUGUUGGUGAGCCCACUGAUAUGGACACCGAACAUGUCCUUGAUGUUUUACAUGUAGAUGAAAUUCGAGAUUGGAUUGCUACUGUGCAAGAAGAUGACAGUGAAAUAAAGCGCAUGACAAAUAUAUUUGAGGAUGAUAAGACAAAAUUUGUAGCUGAUAGCGAAUGGACAGGCGAGAGAUUUAAUCGCACCAUAUCUGAUGCUCUGAGUGCAAAAUGUCAUGACGGAAAUGAUAAUAUAUGGGAUGAAUUUAUCGGAGAAGUUCAGUUAGGUAUUAAUACAACUGUUAAUAAAACAACAGGGAAAAGUCCCUCAGAGCUAUUAUUUGGAUGCAGACUGAUGAAUGCGGCUGAAAAUCUUUUAGCCGACGUAAUUACUGAUACAACUGAACGAAUUGAGGGUGAUGCACUAGAUAGGUUAAGGUCAGAGGCUAGGAAAAGAAUAGAAAAACAGCAGGAAUAUGCUAAGAAGCAGUUUGAUAAGCAUAGGACAUGUCAGAGACAAUAUAAUGUAGGUGAUUUGGUUAGAAUAAAAAGAACCGUAAUAGACAAAGAUCACGUAGGGAAAUCACAUAAACUCAUCCCUAAAUUUCAAGGCCCUUAUAGGAUCCUUAAGAUAUUACCAAAUGACAGAUUUCUCAUUGAAGAUACUCCAUUAACAAAAAGAGGUAACAAGAGGUAUGAGAAUGUUGUCGCGUUAGACAAAAUUUAUCCGUGGAUGAAUUAUAAAGGUUACUCCAGUGAUAACAGUGACAGUGACCAGAGUGAGAGUUCAGAAAUUAGAGAGUCAGAGAUUUAGAGAAAGAAUAAUAAGUAUAAAACAAAAUAUAAUUUUAAAAUGAUAAUAAUAAUAUAACAUAGAUCUAAAAAUAAGUGUGUAAUGCAAUAAACAAUUGAUUAUUUACGAUUAUUAUUUUCAGUUGAUCAAAUUUCUCCAAUAUUAUUAACUUAUUUAUUUAAGAUUUAAGUUAAUGAAUAUAAGUAGUGUGUGUCAUUACUAAGAAUGUUGAUAUUUUGAUGUAUAUUUAAAAUAUAUGAGCAAUCCGUGCAGAUAAUGAAUGGCAUUCAGAAAUUUAUGUCGCACAUAUGAUUGCAAGAUAGUUAUUAAGACCUGAGCGUAAGUUGUCAUGACUGGUCAGUGCAGAAAUGAAUGUCACCAUGAUAACGGUGUCGCACAGAUGACCUUAGACUGUGACAAAUUGCGCAAGAAAAAGAAAUAGAAUGAGAAUGUAGAAGUAUUAUUAAUUAAAUUGAAUUAUGAUAAAGAUUUGUGAUUAUGAUAAUUAUGUCAUGAGAAUAUGAUACAUGAAUAUGAUGUAGUAAAUGAAUUCGAAAUGU